UUCUGUUUUGACGGAUUCGUAGACAGCAGAGCAGACGAAGCCUGAAAAUAGGACUCUGGAAUUUGUGUUUGAUUUAAUGAAAAGACAAGCAUGUUCGUGUUAUUAGGAGGAGGAAGUGGCUUCGUUGGAACAGCCAUUCGGAGGCUACUUCUCCAGAGGGGGCACAGUGUACAGCUUGUUUCACGAUCAGCAGGGAAGGACAAAAUCACAUGGAACCAGUUACGCAAGGAAGGGUUACCAGAAUGUGAUGCUGUCGUCAGUUUGUCUGGGGAAAACAUUCUCAACCCUCUCAGAAGAUGGACAGAGUCAUUCAAGCAGGAGGUCACAGACAGUCGUGUGAAGACAACCGCAGCUCUGGCCAAGGCAAUCGCAGAUGCCAGUAAACCACCCAAGGUCUUUGUCUCAACAUCGGGCGUCGGUUACUACACCCCCAGUUUGACAGCCGAGUACACCGAGGACAGUCCAGGUGGAGAUUCGGAUUUCCUGGCCAGACUGUGUACCGAGUGGGAGAACAGCGCUAAGCUACCAGACAGCCACAGCCACGUCCGACAGGUCAUCAUAAGAACAGGUGUUGUUCUUGGUCGCGACGGUGGUGCAAUCCAGCAGAUGAUCUGGCCUUUCUGGUUGGGCGUGGGCGGCAUCAUGGGGUCCGGCAACCAGUACUUUCCCUGGAUUCACAUCGACGACAUCGCGGGCAUCUUUGUCCACGCCAUCGAGAGUCCCAACUGCCCGCCGGUCCUGAACGGCACGGCCCCGACGCCCGUCACAAACCGCGAGUUCACCAAGGCGUUCGGGUCGGCGCUUUGCCGGCCCACCGUCUUGCCGGCGCCGGGGUUCGCGAUCAACUGGGCCUUCGGGGCGGAGAGAGCAGUGAUGCUUCUUGAGGGACAGAAAGUCCUCCCCAAACGGACCCUGGAGAGCGGAUAUGAAUUUCAGUACCCCACGAUAGAGCAAGCCUUGAAGAACGUUACAAGCUGAUGUGCUCCGAGGGAACUAAAUUUAAUAACGUACUGAGAUUGCACUUUUUUGUAAUGCUGAGCAUAUUUUUCUUUUUUUGUAAUAUUACAAGACUGUAGCAGCUGUGAGCUAGACCAGAUCUUUUGAAGUUUGAUUCUAAUGUCAGAUUGCAAAUUUAAAAGUUAGUACAUGCUUUGGUACCCAUCACAACAAGGCAGAAGUUUUAAAGCUGUUUUUAGAGUUUACAAAAGGCACUUAUUUGGGUGAAAGCCUAACAGCCAUAGGUAUUAUUGAGCUUGUGUCCCUAGGCUAGAUGCGUGAUCACAAUCUCUGCCACCUGUUCAGAACCGGAGUGGAUACCCUGCAUAUGAUUAAAAAUGGGGAGUUUGAAGCUGUUCAGUCACAGAAGACAUUGCUGUGUAUCAUCUGCACAUGUAACAAACAUCAACGAGCAAAUAUGGAUAUUUCCUGACAUACAUAUUUUCACCCACUUCAGUCACUGUAGUGCCCGUAACAGCCCUGCCUUUUAUUCACUGUAGCGCUCGAGAUCGCCCGAGCUCUCUAUGUUGGUAAAGAUUUUUCAGUGAAUAAAUAGUGUAAUACAAUAACGUCCAAGUUCUAAUAAUCACAAUUUGGUAUUCCCAAAAAGGCUUACCCCUUGCAAUAUUAGACCUUGCAAUAUUAGACCAACAGAAAAAAUAAAAUAAAAACAAAACAGAAAACCCAAGGUUUACCCCUUGUAGUUUUUUUUUGGCAGCUGUUUUCCAUUACUUAAAACCUUUUUAUUUCAAAUUCAUUUCAGUCCAAAUUUUAAGUCUGAAAGCAAAGAAAGGACGAACGCAGUAAACCAUUCAAUCCGUUUGCUUCAUCAUAGUUACUUUAUUUCAUGUCUAUUAUUUUGUACAUAAAAUAAACCUUUUAACGAUUAACCAAUCUUCAUAAUUAGUAACGUAACGGUGCAGGAAUUGUCCUGAAACAUACCACUGAUCAUAUAUUUGUUUACUAUAAGGAGUGGUACAACGCAACCUCUUUCUUUAAUAAAAGAAAUAUUCAUUCAUAAUAAUACUUUAUUUGGACUAAACACAGUUCACUAGAAAUGUUUUGUUUUUUUAUAGCAAUUUUUGUCUUCGGGAUACAAAAACCUUUGUAACGGUAUUUAAAACAAUGACGCUUCUACUUGAAUCGCAUUGUGGUGUUAACAUCAUUGCGUAUUCUCUGUAUUUUCUGUGUUACAGAACAUUUCUGCCCAAAGUUUGCGUGUAUUACUGUAUUUUGUCUAAUAAUGAAUACAAUUGAUCUUAAGUGUCUACAAAAUGCAAAAAUCUUUUCCCAAGAUCCCUGCUCCAAAAAAA